GUCGUGCAGUCAACAUCUCAGGAUACAUUCCUCCAAAAGAUCGAAGAGGUUCUUCAGCCAGACAUUCUUCAAGUUCUUCAUUUAACUGACAACAGAAAUUCCAACACAAUGGCCACCAAAUACGAGAUGUCCAAGACCUAUCAGUACCGCAAGGUGAUGAAGCCUUUGCUGGAGCGGAAGCGUCGUGCCAGGAUCAACAAGUGCCUGGACGAGCUUAAGGAUCUGAUGGCCGAGUGCGUUUCCCAGACGGGGGAUGCCAAGUUCGAGAAGGCCGAUAUCCUGGAGGUCACAGUGCAGCAUCUCCGCAAGCUGAAGGAGUCCAAGAAGCAGGCCCCGGCCAAUCCCGAGCAGAGUUUCCGUGCCGGAUACAUCCGGGCAGCCAACGAGGUGUCCCGCGCCCUGGCCUCCCUUCCCCGAGUGGAUGUGGCCUUCGGCACCACCCUGAUGACCCACCUGGGCAUGCGUCUCAACCAACUGGAACAGCCCAUGGAGCAAGCGCAGGCCGUCAACACUCCCCUGAGCAUCAUCUGCGGUGGAUCCAGCAGCUCCAACUCCAGCUCCUGCUCCAGUGCCAGCUCGUCCUACUCCUCCAUCAGCCCCGUCUCCAGUGGCUAUGCCAGCGACAACGAAUCCCUGCUCCAGAUCAGCAGCCCCGGACAGGUGUGGCGCCCCUGGUAAAUCUGGACAUGGAUCCAGAUCCACUUCGAAGGACUGAAAUCCCCACGACGGGCAAUCACGCAAUUGGAACUGCCAGCUUUAGAAAAUGCUUUACAAUGAUCCUCAUUUAUUUGUUACGUUACCAAGUU